GCGACAAGCUUUAUGGUUUCGCACUCCGAAAGGAUUUAGAAAAUUGUUUGCAUUGAUUGUUGCGUGGCGGCGGCCUAGGUUGUCGGACAAACUACGGAAUUGUGGGAAAGGCAUAGAGCAGAUUUAAUAUAGGAUUUUUGGAGCAGUAUCAAGGACACGAUAUGUUUGCAGAAACGAGAGGAUUGAUGGAAAUAACAGAUUUUUUAAGGACAAAUGGCAAUUUUACUCUCGCCCAAUACGGCUUGCCUGCUGUUAAUCAAGAUUUAGUAGAUUUUUAUGAAUUACCUUUAGUUAAUCACGAGGAAGACGUGCUUGCAGAUUUUGUUAGCGACGAAGAUAACAUCGAUGUGCCCGAUGAUAGAAAUGAUUUUAUAAAUAUGUUUUAUGUUGAUGCUCCUGGUGGUACUGGAAAGACGUUUCUUUUCAACACUUUAUUAAAAACUUUAAGAAUAAGACGAUUCGACACCGUUGCCGUUGCAUGGACAGGUAUCGCUGCUUCUCUUUUGCUGGCAGGAAAGACGGCGCACAAAGCGUUCAGGCUACCGUUGAAAAUCACUUAGAUUACAGGCCGAUAAGGAUUUUCAAUAGAAUCGGAAAGAUUAAAUUACAUUAAAAACGCAAAGUUAAUUGUGUGGGAUGAGGC